CAAGAAGCUGGACGUUAACGGCGUUGCGGGACGUUUAAGCAGCGAUCCGGGAGCCCGGGCUGUGUGAGGAAAUCGGCUCUGUCCCGCGAAGAGCGGGCCUGUUUGGCGAUUGCCAGAAGGAUAAGUGAGCAUCCAACCCACCCUUUGCUUAUUGGGCUGCAGCCGACUUUGUAAUCAUCAGACGUUUUGCCUACAAUCAAACAUGGCAAACCGAGGCGGAGCUACCAGACCGAAUGGACCGAAUGCAGGAAAUAAAAUCUGUCAGUUUAAACUUGUCCUUUUAGGAGAAUCCGCAGUUGGAAAGUCUAGUCUAGUGCUUCGCUUCGUAAAGGGACAGUUUCACGAAUUCCAAGAGAGCACAAUUGGAGCUGCUUUCCUUACCCAAACAGUCUGUCUCGAUGAUACAACUGUAAAAUUUGAAAUUUGGGAUACAGCUGGUCAAGAGAGGUAUCACAGCUUGGCCCCAAUGUACUACAGGGGAGCCCAAGCUGCAAUAGUUGUAUAUGACAUUACAAAUGAGGAAUCAUUUGCUAGAGCAAAGAACUGGGUAAAAGAGCUGCAGAGACAGGCAAGCCCCAAUAUUGUGAUAGCUUUAUCUGGUAACAAAGCUGAUCUGGCCUCAAAGAGAGCUGUGGAUUUUCAAGAAGCUCAAGCUUACGCAGAUGACAACAGCUUAUUGUUCAUGGAGACUUCUGCUAAGACAUCAGUGAAUGUGAAUGAGAUAUUCAUGGCUAUAGCUAAAAAGCUUCCCAAGACGGAACCACAGGCUGGAGGAAGCAACACCAUCAGAGGAAGAGGAGUAGACCUUACUGAAACAGCACAACCUACCAAAAGUCAAUGCUGUAGUAACUAACUAAAGGCUUCUUGUUCUUUAAACUGUAUGGAUAUUAUCUUGCUUCCUAAUUGUUAAUAACAAUUUAGUGUUUAAUCCUGUCUUGGCCUUGGUGCCAGCCCUUUCAGAGCAAUGCAUUGCAAGCCCCCAUGGCAGUGAGUAUGUUAAACUAGGCCCUGUGAAAACUAAUAAAGGGAGACUUGCCGUGUGGUCUCAUACAUAAUACAGAGUUAUUUUACUGCUAAUUCUGAUUUUUUCUUUUUAACAUGCAUGCAUUAUGUUCUACAAGCUGUUCUCAGUGUGGGAGAAUAGGCCGGUGUAUUAUACAGAGCUUUAUCAGAUGCAGGACCUUGGAGAGAACAAUACUGGUCUCUGCAAUGCAUUGCAAACUUCUGGGUGCAAAGUAGAAAUGGUUAUAUUAUUACGGUGACAAUUAGCCCAAAGUGGAACUUUUAAAACUUUUGUUUUUCUAAAAAAGAAAAAGAAAAAAAAAGAUUUUUUUAAGCUAAUACAAGCAGGGUAUAAAAAUCUAUUCUCAUCUCUCUUUACAGUGUUUGCUCAAAAUCACCUUCUCCAAAAUCCAGCUCUACAUUCCGCUUAUUAAUUUAUAGCUUGUUAGCCACUAAUUCCUCCGCUUUCUUCAGAUGAGACCGAUAAACAGAAUAUUGUUUGAUUACGCCAAUAACCCACAAAUGUUUAGGGGAUGAGCUUAGUUUUUAUUUCAUAGACAAGUACCGAGAAUCGUGUUUAACACUGAUCAAUUCUAUUCAAGGUGAUUAGCGUGCAAAGCCAUUUUUAUUAUCCUUUCCAGCGCCAUCUUCACAGAACACCGAACUUUUUCUUUUUUUUCUUCAUUUUUUAUUUUUAUAUCCAGUUUUACCCAAUACAAAACAAAAACUGCAAUGUUCUAAUAAUGAUGUAUACUCAAUUUAGCUAUCUUAAAAUUGGAUGGUAAAAUUGUAAUGUAAAUAGGGUACUAACCAUAGUCUACAUUUAUGUUUAAUAUGUUCUGUUACUUGUAAGAUUUGGUUAAAUUGUACAGUUAACUAAAAUGAUAAAAAUAAAAAGCUAAUGGUUUUUCCUCUA